UUUUGUUGUGCGCGUGUUUGUUUCUUUUUUAAGUUUUGUGCAUGCUAAAUUAUUCCGGCUUUUGUUUCGCUAUCGCCCAGCAUCGGAAUGCGACGUGCUUGAUACGUUCAUACGCAACCGCGUGCAAAAGAAGUUUCCCCGGAAGACGACACAACGACGCCAACAAUUUGGGACACAUAUCGUGAUUCUCUUCAUCCGCUAGUGCGUGCGAUCGUGGUAGAGUGCAAUGAGCGCGAACGGGUUGCACUGUCUGUUGCUUAGUAGUGCAAUUCUUUCUUGAAUCGGUUCCGGUGCGUUACGGUACAAAUUUCGGUGCGUUUCCGGUAAUUUCCGGCUGUUCUUACCAACCUCGUGUGUGCGAUCCCCCCCAGUGCGUUCGACAUAGGGAGACGCAAGCAAAACGCAUCGGUGUGCAUUGGUGUGUGUGGUCGAGUUUGGUGUUGGUCGCGUAGAGUACCGUUCGAUCGUUCCGUGUUGCGUACGUAGUUUGAGCAAAGUGUCCGUGUGUGGUGUCUUUUGUUUACACUGGUGACCACGGUCUGCGUUCCGGAUAAGGGUGAAAUGUGAUGUGAUAAAUAGCCCAACCCCUAAAGUGGCCCUUUAUUUGGUGGAAGUGAAACGUUUGAACGUCGUCAAAAAUUGUGGACGAAACAAAACGAGUAGCCCGGGGGGAACGUGAGUUUUGAGACACAGCAGUGUUUUUUCCGCAGAUUUUUCCCCAACAACUUCAACGACAUCACGAAGUAGAAAAGCAAUCACAGUCCUCUUUGCAAAGUUUAUUGUGCCGGUGUCGUGAGCAAUACUACGAUAUUGACCACCUGUUGUAAACAACGCAUCCGAACAUAUACGUGACGUCAUCCAAACCUGGACAGGAGUAAAACACUGGAAGUGAUGAACUUCGUGUAACUUUCGGCAUAGAAGCGAAAAGCAAAGAAGAACGCAGUCAAAGUGCCUUUUGCAUCGGAGCUUCUAAUGAACGUUUUCACCACUUGAACCAUUGCAAGAUAAGAGUGACCGAUUGUGUGUCAUACAAGUGCCUGCGCAACUACGUGAAAAAAAUGCGACUGUAGAAUACACCUGUUGGAUACGGUUGCUAUUGUUGCGUAACUAUUGAUAUAUCAUCGAUGCAAUUGCUCCAGAAACAUAUGACACCAGAAAAAAGCUAACAAAUCAGAAAGGAAUCAUCGAGAAAGUCGUUUUUAUCAAACAAAUUGAUCUAGCCAUUAGUGAUGAUACUGAAGUUACGUACACUGAACUAAACACAGAGCUUCGCGCACAGAGUUUCUUUAAUCAACCUACGCUGGAAAGUAACAUCGUUUAGUUUAUUGUGGGCGCUAAGUGAAAGAUCACGAAUUUGCCACGAUGCCAAUCCAAAUCGCCAACGAGAGCAACAACAGUGGAGGCGGAGGUGGAGGAGGGCAUGAAAUAAAGGUGAAGAUCGCUUACAAUGGUGAGGUGAUGAUCACGUACAUUGAUGAAAGUAUCUCGUACGAAGGUCUUUGCCGGGAGAUGCGUGAAAUUUGUCGCUUUUCACCGGACCAGGUGUUUACGAUGAAAUGGGUGGAUGAGGAAAAUGAUCCAUGCACCAUCCAGUCGGACAUCGAACUGGACGAAGCGAUUCGUUUGUAUGAGGUGAAUCGUGACUCGGAGCUGGUUAUUCAUGUAUUUCCAAAUGUGCCGUCUGCUCCGGGAUUGUCCUGCGUCGGUGAAGACCGAAGCAUCUACCGAAGAGGGGCGAGAAGAUGGCGCAAACUGUACCGGAUAAAUGGCCACAUCUUCCAAGCGAAGCGAUUCAAUCGAAAAGCCUUCUGCGCCUUUUGCCAUGACCGUAUCUGGGGUCUGGGUCGGCAGGGAUUCAAGUGCAUUCAAUGCAAGCUGCUGGUGCACAAAAAGUGCCACAAGCUUGGCAAUAAACCGUGCAGCAACGAGCAUGUCGAACCAGUCUACAAGGAGCGAGAUCACCAUGAUCCGAAUGAUGAAUCCAGCACCGGUGACGUCAUCCAGGCUCCGUUGGAUUAUCCGUCCGAGAUGCAUUCGAGCGACGGUUGCGAUCAGGUACCCGUCGAGGUGAACGACAACGUCGAGGAACCGCUGGAACCAGUCACCCAGCGGCAAUAUUCGUUGAAUGAUUUCGAACUGAUCCGAGUCAUUGGUCGCGGCAGUUACGCAAAGGUGUUGAUGGUGGAGUUGAAGAAGACCCGUCGCAUCUACGCGAUGAAGGUAAUCAAGAAGGCGCUUGUUACCGACGACGAAGAUAUCGACUGGGUGCAGACGGAAAAACACGUCUUCGAGACGGCUUCCAACCAUCCAUUCCUGGUUGGUUUACAUUCGUGCUUCCAGACACCAUCGCGGCUGUUCUUCGUGAUUGAGUUUGUGCGUGGUGGAGAUCUGAUGUUUCACAUGCAGCGACAGCGCCGACUGCCGGAGGAGCACGCCCGGUUCUAUGCGGCCGAAAUUAGUCUUGCGCUAAACUUCCUGCACGAGAAGGGCAUCAUCUACCGUGAUUUGAAGCUGGACAACGUGUUGCUUGACCACGAGGGUCACAUCAAGCUGACCGAUUACGGCAUGUGUAAGGAGGGUAUUAGACCCGGCGACACGACAUCCACGUUCUGCGGUACACCAAACUACAUUGCGCCCGAAAUCUUGCGUGGAGAGGACUAUGGUUUCUCUGUCGAUUGGUGGGCACUGGGAGUGCUGCUGUACGAAAUGUUGGCUGGGCGCAGUCCGUUCGACAUUGCUGGUGCUUCCGAGAACCCGGAUCAGAAUACCGAAGACUAUUUGUUCCAGGUGAUUCUGGAAAAGACGAUUCGUAUACCACGUUCCCUAAGCGUGAAGGCGGCCUCCGUGCUGAAAGGUUUCCUGAACAAAAACCCGGCCGAUCGCUUGGGCUGCAAUCGCGACUCCGCGUUCCUGGACAUAAUGAAUCAUUCGUUCUUCAAGAGCAUUGACUGGGAGAUGCUCGCACAAAAGGAGGUGACACCACCGUACAUCCCUUCGUUCGAUGGGUGCGAUCAGGAUAUAACCUGUCACUUCGAUCCGCAAUUCACGCGUGAACCGGCCGAGCUGACACCGGACGAUCCUCGCGUCAUCGAUAAAAUCGAUCAAUCCGAGUUCGAGGGAUUCGAAUAUGUGAACCCGUUGCUGAUGUCGCUGGAAGACUGCGUUUGACAUCACGCAUCCUGCGAGCUGCAUCCAUACAACAUGCAGCUAUACGGUGACGAUUCUAGCGAUUACGAUUCCGUUGUGGAUGAGCUAAGCAUUCUUCAAUUACCUCCACCACCAUCGAAGAGUCUACUGCAGCACAUGUUUUGCCUUCCAUUGAACUAGCCACAAGUUUAGCCGCAGCCAUCUGCAAAACUAGCCGAGUGAGAACGAACAACGUACACAGCGAUAGCAGCAAUGACAUUAAUUCGCCACUGCAGUCCCCACGACGACAAAAGGAUCUACUGCAGCGGCAAACUCCUUCGAGACACCGCAUUCAGAUGUGUUGAUUUGUACUUCAUAUAUUACUUUUUUUGUAUUUGUUUUGGUUACGACAACUGCGAUAAUUAGUAAAAUUGUUUGUUUUGAAAUGUUUGAAACUCAAAAGGCGCCUUUGUGCUAAAUGCAUUCGUCUCUAUUCUGGUAGAAUGCAAAAUAACAGAAACCCACUGCUACACGGUACACGGUUCAUUAAGACAGAAGGAAUACAUUUCGCGUUCGAACGCAUCAGUUAUGUAUACCAGCAAUGAAAUGUAGCUAAAGCAUAAUUACUAAUCAAACUACCGCUGGUUUCGAUGACGCUUAAAGGAAAUGCGCCACAUUUCCCGGUCUGUCUCUCUUCUCUCUUUCCUUUUCGUUUCCUUCUACAAACCUUUGUAAAACACAUACCACUAAGCAGUUGUUUGCAGUAGAUUUUAUUUCUGUCUUACGUUGAAGUUAUCACUAGGAGGUGAAAAUAAUAGUAAACAAUUAUACCGACAAGACUCAUAACAAUGAUGAUGAUCCGUGACAACAGCACAUUUGAAAAAAAAAAAAAAACGAGCAACACGGAAAGGACAGUAACACCUAAAGAAAACAACUUUAACCUAGAA